AUGGCACCCAAACACGAAAAAGAAGGCGCUGAUGCCGCUCCAGAGGUCAAUAAGCCUAAGCAUGGCUUCAGAGUCGGUCCUGAGAAUUUGCCAGACGGCCCCUGGCGACGAAAAGUCACCAAAGUCAAGAAGGAGUUGAUUCACAAGGCAAAGGUCAAGAAGGCGUAUGCCAAGAUUAAGGCUCGUGAACAAGAAAAUGCGCAACCUGCAAAGCCAGUCCAGCCUGUUCAGGAUGAGGGUGCUGAGGCAGGCGAUGGCGAGACAAAGCAACCAGAGGAAGAGGCCGAGGUGAUGCACCCCACGCGACAUCUCAUGCUGGCAGACGAGGCAAAGGCACAGGAGAACUCAGUUGGCGAGCACAAUCCUGAUGGCAACAGACGGCGCACUCGACGACCUGGCUACUAUGAAAAGCAACUCACCAAGGCGGAGGAGCGUCGCAAGGAGCAAGAAGCUCGACAGGCCGAGUAUCAGCGCAGGCAGGAAGAGCGCGAGCAGAAGAUUGCUGAGAGAGAGCGCUUUAAGAAGGCUAUGGCCAAGACGAGAGAUCGCAACGGCAACAAGAAGCUUGGCAGGGAGAGUUCCAUAUUGCUCGACAAGGUCAGGAAGAUGGUCGGUGAUAAGAAGAAAUAA